AUGGCUCUCGACGCUUACACCUACAUCUUUGCCAUCGGCACGCUCUUUGCGCUGCUUGAGGCAUUCAACAAUGGCGCCAACGAUGUUGCCAACGCUUGGGCUACCAGCGUCUCCUCCCGAUCCGUCACUUACCGCCAGGCUAUGGUCCUGUGCGUGAUAUUCGAGUUAACCGGAGCUCUAGCCGUCGGCGCGAGAACCGCCUCCACCAUCAAGAAUGGUAUCAUCCCCAGCUCGUCCUUUGGCGACAACGCCGGCGUGCAGCUCCUUGCCUUCGCUUGUGCCUCCGCCGGUGCUGCCACCUGGGUGAUGUGGUGUACCCGCAACUCCGCUCACGUCUCAUCGACCUACUCUCUCGUUUCGUCCAUCGCCGGUGUCGGUGUUGCUGCCGUCGGCGCCAGCAAGGUGCAAUGGGGAUGGAACAAGGGUACCGGUCUCGGCGCUAUCUUUGCCGGUUUGGCCAUGGCCCCCUUCAUUUCCGGCUGCUUCGGCGCCAUCAUCUUCAUGCUCAUCAAGGUGACUGUCCACAUGCGAAAGCAGCCUUUGCCCUGGGCUGUGUGGACGUCGCCCUUCUUCUUCCUCAUUGCCGGCACCGUCUGCUCUCUCUCCGUCGUGUACAAGGGCUCUCCUAGGCUAGGCCUAGACAAGAAGCCCGCUUGGUACAUCGCCUCUGUUUCUCUUGGUGUCGGCUUCGGACUUUUCUUCCUCUCCGCUCUUUUCUUCGUUCCCUACGUCCACGCCAAGGUUGUCAAGAAGGAUUACACCCUCAAAUGGUGGAUGAUCUUCCAGGGCCCCCUUCUCCUCAAGCGGCCUGCUCCCCCUGAUGCCGAGAACACCAAGGCCAAGGUUCCCAACUAUGCCGUCGUCCAGGAGGACAGCGAUUCCGAUGACGCCACCGCCCCCUCCACCCCACACCAGGGUGUCUUGGAAUCCAAGACCACUGCCACCGGCAACGACGUCAAAAUCGCUAGCACAUCGUCUGUGGACGACCGCGAGAAGGGUCUUGUAGUCUCUGAGAAUCCCCACGAGGAGUACAAGCGACUCCUUGCCGAGGCCCAGGAAAAGCACCACGCCAACCUGAGGAAGACGAAGGGCCCCCUCGGCUGGGCCAUGCGCCACCUCCACAGGAACAGGCUCGGCGCCGGCUCCAUCCACGAGACACACAACCUCAUCGCCCUCGUCAAGCGCAUCCCCGCUCAGAUCGUUGUCGCGCUUCUCUACGGAACGCACUACGAUAUCCACACUGCCCAGAUUGGCAUUCGCGGAUCCCCCGAGGGUAAGCGCAUGGAGCGCGUUUACAGCUACGCCCCCAAGUACUCCAACGAAGUCGAACAUCUCUACUCCUACGUACAGGUCAUCACUGCCUGCACUGCCUCCUUCGCCCACGGCGCUAACGACGUCGGUAACGCUGUGGGUGUCUGGGCUGGUAUGUACGCUGCCUGGUCGACCGGAAAGCCCAGCGCCUCCAAGGCUGAAGUGCCCAUGUGGCAACUCGGCAUCACCGCUGCUAUGAUUUGCAUUGGCUUCAUAACAUACGGUUAUAAUAUUAUGAAGGUCAUGGGUAACAAGCUCACAUACCACUCGCCCAGCCGAGGAUCUUCUAUGGAGAUGGGUGCCGCCAUUACCAUUCUUAUCUUCUCCCAGUACUCUCUUCCCGUCUCUACUUCUAUGUGCAUCACUGGCGCGACUGUUGGCGUUGGUCUCUGCAACGGCACCUUCAAGGCUGUUAACUGGAAGCGAUUCUUCCUCCUGUUCUUCUCUUGGAUUAUGACCAUCCCCAUUGCUGGUCUCAUUGGAGGCUGCCUCAUGGGCUUGGCUGUCAACACUCCCCACUGGUAA